AUGGUAAAGAAUAAUCCAAAACGCUAUUCGAUAUUAUAUUUACCACAUGAAUUUAUGAUAGCAAGUGGUCGUUAUCGUGAAUUUCAUUACUGGGAUACUUAUUGGAUCAUAAAAGGUUUGCUUGCUUCAGGUAUGCAUGAUACAGCAAAACAUAUAUUACAAAAUUUUAAAUAUUUAAUUGAAAAAUAUGGAUAUAUACCAAAUGGCGGUCGUACUUAUAUGUUACAACGUACUCAACCACCAUUUUUUAUUCCGAUGGUUUAUGAGUAUCAUACUGUUACAGCAGAUGAUGAAUUUUUACUGAGUGUUAUGAGUACUAUGGAAGCGAUUGUAAAUGAUUUAAUAGCAACAAAGAAAAAAAGAAAAAUCAACUAA